UUCCAUUUCGCUCUUCAAAACCCAAACCCUAAGGAGCGGCGGAGAGUGGAGGAGAGGGGCGGCGGCGAUGACGACGCGCUUCAGGAAGAACCGGAAGAAGCGAGGGCACGUGAGCGCCGGCCAUGGGCGCAUCGGUAAGCACCGGAAACACCCGGGUGGUCGCGGUAACGCUGGUGGCAUGCACCACCACCGCAUCCUCUUCGACAAGUACCACCCCGGUUACUUUGGAAAGGUAGGUAUGCGCUACUUCCACCGCCUCCGCAACAAGUUCCACUGCCCCGCCGUCAACGUCGACCGCCUCUGGUCCCUCGUCCCCGACGCCGUCAAGGAAUCCGCUGCCAAGGACGGCACCGCCGCCCCCUUGAUUGACGUAACCCAGUUCGGGUACUUCAAGGUGCUCGGCAAGGGGAUGCUGCCGCCGGACCGCCCCGUCGUCGUGAAGGCCAAGCUCAUUUCGAAGAUCGCCGAGAAGAAGAUUAAGGCAGCCGGUGGCGCUGUCGUGCUCACCGCUUGAUCUGCACGAUCGACGGUCUCUUUUUAUACCGAAGAGCUUUCCUUUUUGAAUCUGCUCGAACUCAUCAAUAGGAAUCUGCAAUGUUUAUUUUGAGCCCAAUCUGUUUGAUCUUUUGACUUUGAUGUUGUUGCUUGGACUUGAAUUAUUGUCUUGAGAAUAUCUGCAAUUUAGACAAAUGCAGUUAGUAAUGCCAUGUUUGAUUGAAAAUUCUUAUUUUGAUCUCA